AUGCCCUUCCGAGUUGAAAGGAGUGGAUACGCUAUACCCCUCGCCAAAGGAACGCUAAAGUCGUUUUACACCAUCCCCUUUAAAGUCGCUAGAGGUGCUAAGAAGGAAGCUCGCCAGCGGGAUAACGAGAUGAGAAAGGAGAGAGAGAAAGGGUUAAUGGAACCUCAUUGGUGGAACUCAUUUGACUGAUCUGCAAGGUUUCACCUCUCGCUCCGUGUUUCUACACCGAUCUGUGCCGAUUUCGUAGGUCCUCAUAAUGGUAGUGGCGCCCAAAGGCCACCACAGCAACAACAACAACAACAACAGCAACAGGGAGGUGGUGGUGGUGGUGGUUACCAGGGUAGAGGACAGGGUGGUUAUCAAGGAAGAGGGCAGGGUGGUUAUCAAGGUGGACAAGGUGGUGGUUACCAAGGCGGACAAGGUGGUGGUUACCAAGGUGGACAACCUCAAGGAGGAAGAGGAUGGGUUCAAAGGGGAGGGCCACCACCACAGCGUGGUGGCCCACCACCACCACAACAGUACUACGGUGGUCCACCUGAUCAACCCCAACAAGGUCAACAACAACAAAGGCCUCCAAGAGGAACUGCUCCACCUCAGCGGCGUGGUGGUGGACCUUCGUAUGCUGGUGGCCCUCCAAGGCCAUCAGUUCCCGAGCUGUACCAAGCUACACAGGCUCCCCAACAGCCUGUGGCCACCUUGCAGCCUAUUCCACAUGUGAAACCAGCUGAAGUGCAUCAUGGCGAGUCAUCUUCCACUUCACCCACUGACCAGGUUGUAGACGAGUCAGUGACUCAGUUUCAGCAACUCACUGUGCAGCAAGAAGAGCCCAUGCAAAUUGCACCUGCCUCCAGCAAAUCCAUGAGAUUUCCUAUGCGUCCAGGAAAGGGUAGCACUGGAAUCAGAUGCAUUGUCAAAGCAAACCAUUUCUUUGCUGAAUUGCCUGAUAAGGAUUUACAUCAGUAUGAUGUGACAAUCACACCAGAAGUAACAUCACGUGGUGUGAAUCGAGCUGUUUUGGGAGAACUGGUGAAGCUGUACAGGGAUUCUCAUCUUGGAAAGAGGCUUCCUGCAUAUGAUGGAAGAAAGAGUCUGUAUACUGCUGGACCUCUUCCUUUUGUUUCAAAAGAGUUCAAAAUCACCCUUGUUGAUGAAGAUGAUGGAACAGGAGCUGCAAGGAGAGAGAGAGACUUCAAAGUUGUGAUCAAGUUGGCUUCACGUGCAGAUUUACAUCACCUGGAUAUGUUUUUACAAGGGAGGCAAGCUGAUGCCCCACAAGAAGCUCUUCAAGUUCUGGAUAUUGUUUUAAGGGAACUGCCUACUAAUCGAUAUACCCCUGUGGGGAGGUCUUUUUAUUCCCCUGAUCUUGGGCGUAGACAACCAUUGGGUGAAGGUUUGGAAAGCUGGCGUGGUUUUUAUCAGAGCAUUAGGCCUACACAAAUGGGGCUUUCCUUGAAUAUUGAUAUGUCUUCUACUGCUUUCAUUGAGCCACUCCCUGUGAUUGACUUUGUAACACAGCUUCUGAAUAGGGAUGUUUCUGCAAGACCUUUAUCUGAUGCAGACAGAGUGAAGAUUAAAAAGGCACUGAGAGGAGUCAAGGUUGAAGUUACCCACCGUGGAAAUAUGCGCAGAAAAUAUCGCAUAUCUGGUUUAACAUCUCAAGCAACACGAGAACUAAAUUUUCCAGUUGAUGAUAGAGGCACAAUGAAAUCUGUGGUUGAAUACUUUCGGGAAACUUAUGGGUUUUCCAUUCAGCAUAUUCAAUGGCCAUGUCUGCAAGUUGGGAAUACUCAGAGGCCAAAUUAUCUCCCUAUGGAGGUAUGCAAAAUUGUAGAGGGCCAAAGGUAUUCCAAGAGGCUAAAUGAGAGACAAAUUACUGCCCUUCUUAAGGUGACAUGUCAGCGACCUCAGGAAAGAGAGAAGGAUAUUCUAAAGACUGUUAGUCACAAUGCUUAUGGUCAGGAUCCUUAUGCUAAGGAAUUUGGUAUAAAAAUUAGCCAGAAUUUAGCCUCUGUUGAAGCCCGAAUAUUACCUCCUCCUAGGCUUAAAUACCAUGACACAGGACGUGAAAGGGAUUGUCUGCCUCAAGUUGGCCAAUGGAAUAUGAUGAACAAAAAAAUGGUUAAUGGUGGAACAGUAGCCAGCUGGAUUUGCAUAAAUUUCGCACGAAAUGUUCAAGAUAAUAUUGCUAAAGCUUUCUGUCAAGAGCUUGCACAGAUGUGCAAUACCUCUGGCAUGGCAUUUAAUCCUGAACCUGUGCUUCCUGCAUUUACUGGGCGUCCUGAUCAGGUUGAGAGAGUCCUGAAAGCUCGUUUCCAUGAUGCAAUGACUAAACUUCAACCCCACAAAAAAGAACUUGAUUUGCUUGUUGUCAUUCUCCCAGAUAACAAUGGCUCACUUUAUGGUGAUUUGAAGAGGAUCUGUGAGACUGAUCUGGGGAUUGUUUCACAAUGCUGUCUAACAAAGCAUGUGUUCAGGAUGAGCAAACAAUACCUUGCAAAUGUAGCCUUAAAGAUCAAUGUGAAAGUUGGAGGAAGGAACACUGUUCUUGCUGAUGCAUUGUCAAGAAGAAUCCCUAAUGUCAGUGAUGUCCCAACAAUCAUAUUUGGUGCUGAUGUCACUCACCCACACCCUGGAGAAGAUUCCAGCCCCUCAAUUGCUGCUGUUGUUGCUUCUCAAGAUUGGCCUGAGAUCACAAAGUAUGCUGGAUUAGUCUGUGCACAAGCACAUCGCCAAGAACUGAUUCAAGAUUUGUUCAAGGAAUGGCAGGAUCCUAAUAGAGGCAAAGUCUCUGGUGGCAUGAUCAAGGAGCUUCUGAUAUCAUUCAGAAGAGCAACUGGUCAAAAACCACAGCGGAUCAUCUUCUACAGAGAUGGUGUGAGUGAAGGGCAGUUUUAUCAAGUGCUUCUUUAUGAGCUCGAUGCAAUCCGUAAGGCAUGUGCAUCAUUGGAGCCAAACUAUCAGCCUCCAGUGACAUUUGUGGUGGUUCAAAAACGUCAUCACACCAGAUUGUUUGCUAACAAUCACCAUGAUCGUAAUUCUGUUGACCGAAGUGGAAACAUUCUUCCAGGCACUGUUGUUGAUUCUAAGAUCUGUCAUCCCACCGAGUUUGAUUUUUAUCUGUGCAGUCAUGCUGGUAUUCAGGGUACAAGUCGUCCAGCUCAUUACCAUGUGUUGUGGGAUGAGAAUAAGUUUUCAGCUGAUGACCUGCAGUCACUCACAAAUAACCUUUGUUACACUUAUGCAAGGUGCACACGCUCUGUUUCAAUUGUGCCUCCUGCAUACUAUGCUCAUCUGGCUGCAUUCCGUGCGAGAUUCUACAUGGAGCCAGAUACAUCAGACAGUGGGUCAAUGAUAAGUGGUGCAGCUGGCGGACGUGGGAUGGGUGGUGGUGGUGGUGGUGGUGGUGGUGGAAGAAGCACUCGUGCACCAGGUGCAAAUGCAGCAGUUAGGCCUCUCCCUGCCCUCAAGGAGAAUGUCAAACGCGUUAUGUUCUACUGCUAA